UUUCCCAAGUUGGACUUUGGGCUCAAGGCGAGGAGCGACUUCUCCAUGAUUUGUUUGCAAGUUACAAUAAGCUGUCCCGGCCUGUGAAAAACACAACUGACGCAGUGCUCGUCCACUUUGGACUGUCCAUCGCCCAGCUCAUCGAUGUGGAUGAGAAGAACCAGAUGAUGACCACAAAUGUCUGGGUCAAGCAAGAAUGGGAUGAUUACAAACUCAGCUGGAACCCGGAGGAAUACGAAAACGUCACCUCCAUCCGGAUUCCCUCAGAAAUCAUCUGGAGGCCAGACAUUGUCCUCUACAACAACGCUGAUGGCGACUUUGCGGUAACUCACCUCACGAAGGCCCACCUGUUCCAUGAUGGUCGGAUAAAGUGGAUGCCACCGGCCAUUUACAAGUCUUCGUGCAGCAUAGACGUCACAUUUUUCCCAUUUGACCAGCAAAGCUGCAAGAUGAAGUUUGGGUCGUGGACCUACGACCGCUCCAAGAUCGAUCUGAUCAGCAUGGCCAGCGAUGUGGAUCAGAUGGACUACUGGGAAAGCGGGGAGUGGGUCAUUAUCAAUGCAGUGGGCAAGUACAAUACCAAAAAGUACGAGUGCUGCAUGGAGAUCUACGCGGACAUCACUUACUACUUCAUAAUCCGGAGGCUUCCGUUGUUCUACACCAUUAACCUCAUCAUCCCCUGUCUUCUUAUCUCCUGUUUGACUGUGCUGGUGUUUUAUUUGCCAUCGCAAUGCGGAGAGAAGAUCACCUUGUGUAUCUCCGUCUUACUGUCCCUAACUGUAUUCCUCCUGCUGAUCACAGAGAUUAUACCAUCCACAUCGCUGGUGAUUCCAUUAAUUGGGGAAUACCUUCUGUUCACCAUGGUCUUUGUCACGCUUUCCAUCGUAAUUACUGUCUUUGUGUUAAACGUUCAUCACCGGUCCCCACAAACCCACGGCAUGCCUCAUUGGGUGCGGAGAGUAUUCUUGGACAUGGUGCCUCGAGUCCUCUUCAUGAAGCGUCCGCCUGGCACCGCCAAGCAGAACUGCAAGAAGCUCAUCGAGAUGAUGCACCGUCCAACCACCAUAUCUGCAACGGGCAACUCUCUGGCCUAUUGGACAGGGUUAGAGACGGGGUUCAGACAGAUGAGCCAGGUAAACGAUACCCUUCCAAAGACUCCAUCCGACAGUCCAAGCAUCCAUGUGUGCUCACCCUCCCCACCCUCUUCCCCUCUUGAGAACCACAACGGGAAUGAUCACCCAAUGAAGGCCAACCUUUUCUCCCGCCCUGGAUCUGGACAGUAUUCGGUUCUCUCUGAGAAACAACCCCUACGGGUUCUCAACUCUGCCGCCUCGUCUUCUUCCCAUACGUCCUUACCCCUUACUUUACCAAUGUGCCCACUCCGUAGCCUAUCCAGGGAAGAAAUACACACAAUGGCCCCAAAUGGUCGUUCCCACAGCGCAGAGCAGAUGUCUGACCAACAGAAGGAGCUUCCUCAGAAAGCUGGCCAUCGAUGUCGCUCAAGCAGCUUCCAGUACUGCUGCCUGCACGAUGAAGGACCAGGAAUCAUGGGAAUCGCAGGCUGGGUGAAGAAACAGCCUGCCACAGAUCAACCAACAGAACCCCUCAGAGUGGAGCCCGUUAAAGACGUGUGUAGCCAACAGACCCUGGGUCUGAUCAUUUCCCCAGCCAUGCAGCGGGCCAUAGAGGGAGUUCAGUACGUCGCUGAUCAUCUCAGGGCAGAGGAUGAAGAUUUUUCAGUGAAAGAGGACUGGAAGUAUGUGGCCAUGGUCAUUGACAGGAUAUUCCUCUGGAUGUUUGUCCUGGUGUGUAUACUGGGAUCUGUUGGACUCUUCCUUCCUCCUUGGCUGGCUGGAAUGAUCUAGAAGCUCCCCAUUGAAGGAAAGAGAGGCAACAAACAAUGACUGUCUUGUAUAAAAAAAAGAAUGGUUUAUCAUUAACCUUUUCAUUUUUUCAGAAGAACUACUAGCCCUACUUCUCAGUCUUGCCCGGGUUAUCAAAAGGUUACUCACGGAGAACCGAGUUGAAAUAAAUUCCAUUGAUUCCAGCGGGGCAUAUCAAUUCUUUAUGAGGGCAAAAGGCCAACAGUGAAAAAUAUCCUUUCACACCACUCCAUUUUGACAUUGAGCAGUAUAGCUCAUGCUGUCACCAUAAAGAGAAAAUAAUCGAGAUUGAACCAUUUACAACUGCAGAAAAAUCAAAGACUCAGGAAGAAUAUUUUAUUUUCUGAGAACGUAAGAUGUUUAUAAAACUGUAUAAGGUUUGGUUUGAAUCUACAAUAACAUUCCUACUUUCAAUGAUAUAGUACCCUGACAAUAUUCAUCAAAUAUAUACGUUUCAGAGCUGCCUGAUUUGGCAGCAUUUGGUGAAUAAUCUUUGAAGAAUUUGUGUGUGUUCAGGUGUGACGCUUUUUUUGCAGUGGUCAUAGUUUAGCCCACAUGAAGCUCUCUGAUUUUCUAAUUCCAGCAGUUAAAUUAAACGCAUCUAUUCAAUACUCCUUUUGUCACCAACCAGCACUUUGGUGUUAACAGCAAGGGAAUUAAAGUCACUCUCUCCAGUCAUGCAAAUUAACCUUCCUCGCCUCAAACCUGGCCACCUAUUUCCUACUUCUAUUGCUUGAUAAAUGAGUAAAGCAGGAGUGGUGAAUAUCAAUAAAUAACUGCCAC